AUGGCACCCAAAAUCAUCCUUGCAGCGUUCUUUGUCAUCUUCUCUUUAAAAUUCUACCCAGCAAAAUCAGAAACUUGGGUUCAAGGUGGUUACUGGUUAUCAGGCAGCCGGUUCCCGAGUUCGGAUAUAAAUUCUGCGCUGUUUACUCACCUUUUUUGUGCUUUUGCUGAUGUUAAUUCCACCUCCUAUGAGCUCCUUUUAUCAGCUUCUGAUGAGAAAGAUUUUUCUAACUUCACGGAUACUGUGAAACAGAAGAAUCCAUCAGUUUCUACACUUCUAUCCAUUGGGGGUGCAAAUGCAAACUACUUAACUUUUUCUACAAUGGUGAGUAAUUCAUCUUUCAGGAAAUCCUUCAUUAAUUCUUCCAUAAAAACAGCCAGGGUUUAUGGCUUCCAGGGUCUGGAUCUCUGUUGGGUUUCCGCAAACUCAAGCUCUGAUAUGUAUAACAUGGGAGUUCUCUUCGAAGAGUGGCGAGCAACUAUCGAACUAGAGGCGGGAAACUCUAGCCAGGCAAAGCUUAUAUUGACUUCAGCUGUUCAAUUUCAGCCAGAUUUACGUUCAGGAAGCUUCCCGGUAAAACAAAUGGAACAGUACUUGGAUUGGGCUAAUGUUAUGGCUUAUAACUUCUACUCCCCUCAGUGGUAUAAAUUUACUGCGGCGCAUGCUGCUUUGUAUGAUCCGACUAGUACGGUUAACACGGAUUCUGGGAUAAGGGCUUGGAUCAGCAGAGGAUUAUCUUCGAAUAAGGUGGUUUUGAGUUUGCCUUUUUACGGAUACGCAUGGACGCUUGCGAACGCUCAGUACAAUGGUAUUGGUGCACCGGCAACAGGGCCAGCCAGCCCAGACGGUGGAGUCAUGAGCUAUAAGAAAAUCAGGGAUUAUGUUCUGAGAAAUGGGGCUAAUGUUAUGUACAACGCAGCUUAUGUGGUGAAUUACUGCACCGUCGGGUCAACUUGGAUUGGUUUUGAUGAUGUUGACGUUGUAAGAAUCAAGGUUGCUUAUGCCAAGGAGAAGAAGCUACUUGGUUACAUUGCGUGGGAGGUCUCCAACGAUGAUAACUGGAUGCUUUAUCAAGCUGCAGCUCAAGAGGGUAAUAACGAUGGAAGAAAUAAGCGGCGGUUAUUAGCAAUUGUGUUGUCUUCAACUGCAGCUGCUAUUCUUCUUCUGGGCUGCUUUUUGAUAUAUUACUUCUGGAUAAGAAAGCUCAAAUCAAAAGCUAAUGAAGGAUCAAAGACGAGAAUAAAUGACCCAUCUGCAGCUGGGGAUUUUAACAGCAAUGCUCCUAAUCUGAUAACUUAUAAUUUUCAUGACAUUGAAGUGGUUACAGACAUAUUCUGUUUUGAAAAUAAGCUUGGGGAAGGAGGAUAUGGUCCUAUUUACAAGGCUUUGCUACCCAAUGGACAGGAAGUAGCAAUGAAGAAACUUUCAAAAACAUCCACACAAGGAUAUGAGGAGUUCAGGAAUGAGGUUAUGCUUACAGCAAAACUCCAACAUGUAAAUCUUAUUCGACUUUUGGGAUUUUGUACUGAUAGAGAAGAGCAAAUGUUGAUCUACGAGUACAUGCCAAACAAAAGCUUGGACUACUACCUCUUUGAUCCUAUUAGACGAUAUACUUUGGAUUGGAGAAAACGUGUACAUAUCAUUGAAGGGAUUACUCAAGGACUUUUAUAUCUGCAAGAAUACUCAAGACUGACUAUCAUUCACCGAGACUUGAAAGCUAGUAAUAUUUUAUUAGAUGAAGAAAUGAAGCCUAAAAUAUCAGAUUUUGGUAUGGCUAGAAUUUUUGCAAAAGAUGAUCUUGAAGCAAACACAGGACGAGUUGUUGGAACAUAUGGGUACGUUCCUCCUGAAUAUGUUAAAAGAGGCAUAUACUCUACCAAAUCCGAUGUGUACAGUUUCGGGGUUCUACUUCUACAAAUCAUAAGUGGAAACAAGGUUUCUUUUUUCUAUGGUCCUGAAGAAAACUUAAGCUUGCUAGAUUAUGCAUAUGUCCUCUGGAAAGAUGGCAAAGGCAUGGAGUUUAUGGAUCCAUCACUAGAUGAUACGAAUUCCUCCUGUAAAUUAAUAAAGUGCUUGCAAAUAGCUUUGCUAUGUGUCCAGGAAAACCCACAUGAUAGACCAUCCAUGUUGGAAGUUUCUUCUAUGCUUAAAAAUGACACCUUCGAGAUAGUGAGCCCAAAGAAGCCGGCUUUCUCGAAACAAGCUGAUGAAGAUAAAGAAACUAUAUUAACAUUCAAUGAUACAACUAUUUCAGAAGUUGUAGGUAGAUGAUUGCAGCAAUUGUGAUGACCAAUGUGUGACAUAUCCUUAGACAGUAGCAGUAGAAGUGCAGCAAGACGCUCCAAUUGCAGUUGCAGAUUCCAGGAACUCUGUCAGGCUAGACUCGUUACCGCAAGCUGAAGCUCUUUUCUACUCCCUGAUUUAAUUACCCUGUUGAGGCUUUAACCAACAUCUGUGAGGACAUGUAAUUUGGUAAAAUCUCAGAUUAGUUAAAAACUCUGGUCCGUUCUGCUAUGAGAGCCAGGAUUCAAGCUGGUAUACUUCUUCAACAAAAAGUUGAAAUGAUUAGUUUGGCCUCGGUAUCUUGUUUUAAACACGGCCUAAUUGAAUCAAAUAACAGUGUAGAUGCAGAA